CAGCGGAACGCAAAGCGCGGGGCACCGUUCCCCGCCGGGCGCUGCGCCGUUCACUCCGCGGUGCCGUCCCUCUUCCCGGUCCCGCAUGGCGAAAGCCGGCCCGGAGGCGGCGGCCCAAGGGAAGGGCAGGAGGAGGAGAGGCCGGCGGGGACCCGGGCAGCACGCGGGGCCGGCCGCGCAGAAAGGCCCGAAGGCGGCGGCGGUGGCGGCCCUGCCCCGCAACCCGCAGGAGUUCUCCUCCAACUGGAAGGCGCUGCAGGAGCUACUGAAGCAGAAGGCAAGUACCUCGAAUGAGCCCCUCUCCUCCUCUCAAACAUACACCAAACAGAAGCGUCCGCUCAAAGAGGGAAACAGCCAGCAGCUUCCAGCUGGCACUGGGGAUGAAAGCGUGUUGAAGCCCAAGCCCACAAACAAAAAGGACAGCGGUCCUACUGCACAAAGUCCUCCUUUGGCCAAGGUGAAAUCCAAGAAGGCUGCAACAGACAAGAAUUCAAAGCCUAAAUCCACAGAUAAAAGGGCCAAGAGUUCUGCUAAGGGCAGUCCUCCUGCGGCUGAGGCCAAACCCAAGAGGGCUGAAAGGGACACGAAUUUGAACGGCACCAAAAGCGAUGGGAAGGGCUGCAAAGAAAAAAGGAAGAAUGGCAAUAUUGAAAAGGAGAAGAGCGAUGUAAAACACAAGAAGAGGAAAGCUGAAGAUACAGCACAGCAGACCAAAGAGCCUGACAUCUGGUUUGAUGACGUUGAUCCAAAUGAUAUUGAAGCAGCGAUAGGACCUGAAGCAGCAGAAGUUGCUAGAAGGAAACUGGGACUUGAACCAGGCCAAGCCAAACAGUCUGUGGAGCGGGUGCUGGUUAAAGAGAAGUCUUCUGAAGGUCUUACAAGAGCUGUAGCCUUGGACUGUGAGAUGGUGGGAGUGGGACCCAACGGCGAAGACAGUAUUGUGGCUCGUGUGUCCAUUGUGAACCGGUUUGGAAAAUGCAUUUAUGACAAGUAUGUCAAGCCUACAGAAGAGGUGACGGAUUACAGAACUGCUGUGAGUGGCGUACGUCCUGAGCAUCUGAAGAGAGGUGAAGAUUUUAAAACAGUUCAGAAGGAGGUCGCUGAUAUCUUGAAUGGAAGGAUUUUAGUUGGGCAUGCGUUACACAAUGACUUAAAGGUCCUAUUUCUUGAUCAUCCUAAGAAGAAAAUACGUGACACACAAAGAUAUAAACCUUUCAGACAGAGAGUCAAGAGCGCACGGCCAUCAUUGAAGCUGCUCUGUGAGACACUGCUAGGUGUUCAAGUGCAGACAUCAGAGCACUGCUCGAUUCAGGAUGCACAAGCAGCUAUGAGACUAUACACCUUAGAGAAAAAGAAAUGGGAAGCUGCUCUUAAGAACAAAUCUAAAGACAAACCGUGAAACUUGAAUGAUUCUACACUGUGUUUUUUAACUGCAUUUGCUGCUUUAUUGUCAGAUUCCAGGCAAAUUUAGGGAGAGCAACCAACAGCAGCAAGUUCAUAAAGUAAUACAAAAACAAAAAACCCAACAGCAGAGAGUAUGUGAAUACUGCCAUACAAGUAUCCCCUUUCUGGACAGUACACAGACCUAACUGAACAAUACUUGUAACAGAUGCCUGUAUUUGUGAAGUACUUCAUCAGCAACUCUAAAGGAAAUAAAUACUGAAUGAGUAAUAAAAAGAGAAAGUUUUUACAUUAUGAUAGAUGGAGGCAGAAAAUGUUAUUGCUUUUCAAGACUAAAACCUUUAUUUUGGAUAUUUUUAAAGUCUACAAAGUAAGGCAAGUUCUUAAAUAUUGCUGUUAGUCUCACAGUUGUGGUAACUGAAUCAACAGAACAUAGAAUUGUUUAUGUAUUGUUAAUGGCCCAAUGUUAAUCUUUCUUUUGAGAAAUAUCUUGUAAAAUACUUCAGAAGGAUCCAGGCUUUUAUAUCUGAACCAGAAGCCUACAGGUCUUGUUCUUAUAGGAAAAGCUUUUACUUUACUCCUCCAGUUUCAAAAGUGCUGUAUCCACAAGGGUCAUUAUCUCCUGGGGAGAAAUAUGAGAAUUGAUUAAUAUAAGACUACUUUGUUGUUUCAAUUAUUUUUAUACUUUUUAUUAAUAAAGAACACUGUGUUUAAAAUCAGCCUUUAAA